GUUUGCUGCAGGCGUCUGAACAAGUCUGGGCUGCAGUACUUUCACCUCUGCUAACAGCACAGCAACAGAGAUGUGAAUUUAUUCCUUUGCUUGCAGUCCAUGAGAGGAGUUUUGCAGUGUUUUGAGGAGGGAAAGUCCAUUGACAGGCUGGCGGAUGUUGGCGCAUCACGCAGGAGCAGUUUGACUAAAAAAUUAAACUUCAGUCAUUCUUCAUAUUCAGGAUUGUUGGAGGGAAUUUGUUAGAUCAUGAGUGACUAGAAAAACGUCGCUGGCUGAUUUACCUCAGUAUCAAGUGGAAUUAAAAAUGGGGUGUUUGCUCCAAUGGACUCUGCGGCUUGCUGUGUUGCUGGUUCUCCCCUCGCUGUCUAAAGCUCAAGGCCAGUGCAAUGAUGUUGUUGCAGCAGACGUUGUUUUCCUAGUUGAUGGGUCAUCCAGUAUUGGCCGGGCCAAUUUUAUGUUGGUCAAGAGUUUCAUGGCAGGCAUUGUCAAACCCUUUGCCAAAGCAGUAGGACCGAAUGGCAUCCGCUUUGGAGCUGUACAGUACAGCGAUACCGCCAGGGUGGAGUUUACAUUCACUGCAUACCUGAAUGGCACUGAGCUCAUUACUGCUGUAGAGAAUAUCAAUUAUAAAGGGGGAAACACACGCACUGGAGCUGGUCUCAAAUACAUCGCAGACAACUUCUUCAGCCCGGCCUCUAUCAGAGAUGUACCCAAGAUCUCUAUUCUCAUUACUGAUGGUAAAUCUCAGGACAAUGUGCUUGAACCUUCUCAAAAGCUGCGUGGUCUCGGAGUCAAAAUAUUUGCAGUGGGUAUAAAGAGUGCAGAUCCAGCUGAGCUGAAGCUCAUCGCCUCUCCUCCUCAAAGUGAGUUCACCUCUCAGAUUGGGAACUUCAGGGCACUCAGCUCUUUACUGCCCCUAGUGUCUCGACGCGUGUGUACAGCAAGUGGAGGCUCCUACUCUAGUGAUGAAGCCUACAGUGGUCCAUCAGACUUGCAGGUUUUGGGUGAAACCCCUGACUCACUGAGAUUUCAAUGGACAUCUGCAGGAGGGCCUGUAAGUGGCUAUGUUGUUCAGUACAGGCCGUUAUCUGCCCAGGGUCAGCCAAUCACUGCAGAGCUCCGCCAGGAAACAAUACCAAACAAUCAGCAGAGCUACAAUGCACGCGAGCUGCGUUCAGGCACAGAUUACCUGAUCACCGUUAUUGCUCAGUAUCCAAACAGCUUAGGAGAGUCAGUGUCUGCCAAGGCUCGAACAAAGCCUCUUUUGGGCGUGACAACACUGCGACUGGUGCGGGCUGGGUUUUUCUCUUUGGCUUUGGCCUGGGAUGCUCCAGCUGAGCAAGUACAGGGCUACAGAAUCACCUAUGGACCUACAGGUCAGCCUGCUGCACGACUGGAGGAGCAGUCUGUGGGGGCGGAGUCUACUUCGCUGAAUUUGCUCGGCCUCAAGUCAAACACAGAAUAUGCGAUCAACUUGUUACCUCUUUUUCCUCGUAACAAUGGCUCACCAGCUUCCCUGACUGCCCGUACAUUGCCAUUAGAGGGAGUGCAGCAGCUCUCAGUUGAAACCAUCUCAACAAGCAGCGUUCGAGUUCGCUGGACAGGAGUGACAGGAGCCAGAGCCUAUAGAGUCGUGUGGGGCCCUUUCACAGGAAAUGAUGUAGAGACUGUAGAGCUGAGAGGCGACAGUGAAUCUCAUACUCUGGGGAAUGUGAGACCAGACACAGAGUACAUUGUUACAGUCAUCGCUCUUUACAAUGGAGAAGCUGAAGGACCUGCAGCCACUACACGUUUUAAGAUAGAACGCUCAGAGCAACAGGUCCUGAGAGCUACGACUACUGGACCCACCAGCAUCACAUUGAGCUGGAACCUCAUACAGGCUGCCAGAGGCUACCGACUGGAAUGGAAAGUGGGAGAGAGAGGCAGAGUUCUAAAGCAAGAAUUCCCACAAAGCACCACCAAAUACGAACUCAGAAAUCUACAGCCGAACACAGAGUACAUUAUAACGCUAUUCACACUCUACGAUGGACGAGAGGAAGCUACUUUCUUUUCAACCAAAUCAACAGAGCAGUCAGUCGGUCCUGUAACAAAUCUGAGGGUGGUGGAUUCACUUGGAAACAUUAUACGCAUAGGAUGGACAGGAGUCACUGGGGCAACGCAGUACGACAUCAUCAUACUUAAUACAGAAUCGAAUACAGAGGUGAACAGAAGAGUUCCUGGCAAUCAGACCACCUUUGAGCUUCGGGACCUUGAGGAUGAUGUGCGCUAUGCUGUCAGCGUAACACCACUAGUUGGCUCAAAAGAGGGAGAGCAAGCAACAGUGUAUAUCAAAACAGAAGCACCAUUGCGGGUGACCAACUUGCGGGUAGUUGGGAGCAACAGUCGGAGAGUCAGGAUCGCAUGGACUGGUGUUUCUGGAGCCACAGGCUACCGGAUUACCUGGAGGCAAAGCAAUACUGCAGAUCAGUUUCGUGUUGUAGGUGCCGAUAUCACCACCUAUACUAUAGACGGCCUGCAGCCAGAUGACACUGUUGCUGUGGGUGUUGCCCCAGUGGUUGGCGGGCGGACUGGAGAAGCAGUCUCUGUGUCUGCUAGAACCACUGGUACCACUGGAUUAGUCACAGGGUUAAGAGUUGCUGAGGUAACAUCUGGAAGGAUACUAAUAGCAUGGACUCCUGUGAAUAGAGCUACAGGCUAUAAAAUCAUCUGGCGUCGUAGUGAUGGAGUGGAAGACUCUGAGAAUGUAUCCUCUGAUGUGGCUUCCUAUACCAUUGAAAGACUCCAGGAAGGUGCCGCCUACCAAGUGUUAGUCUCAGCUCUUUUUAACUCACGGGAAGGACCAGCUGCCACUGUGACUGCAAGGACAGAUCAGGCUACAGUAGGUCGAGUCACCAAUUUACAAGUACUUGAGGCCCAGGGGGAGGUUGUUCAAGUCAGCUGGGUUGGAGUUCAAAAUGCAACAUCAUACAGAAUAUUCUGGAGGAGGACAGAUGGUGGAGAGGAGAGGAAUCAGCUGGUUGGGGGAAACGUGACAUCAGUGGAUCUGAGACAGCUGGAUCAAGGGGCACAGUAUGAGGUGAAGGUUCUGGCUCUUGUCCAAAACAGAGAAGGUCCGCCGGUUUCUGUCAGGGUCACUACAGGGGGACAGAGAGUCACAAGAGUAGAGGAUUUGCGCGUUUUGGACUCAUCUCCAGGAAGGCUGCGUAUAACCUGGAGGGCAGUGAGUGGAGCCAGCUCGUAUCGAGUGUACUGGAGGUCUUCACAAGGUGAGCCUGAAACAAGUCGUCUGAUUGGCAGCGAUGCAACUUCAUAUACUCUCGAUGGAUUGCGUCCUGGUUUGAGCUAUACCGUAAGGUUCUCUGCUCUGCUGAACGGUGUGGAGACUGAAGCUACCAGCAUUAGAGUAUCUACUGAUGCUCUGCCUCCUGUGACAGGUUUAAGUGUGACAGACAGCACUGAGAACUCAGUCCUUUUAGGCUGGUCACCAGUACCCGGGGCAACAGGUUAUAUUUUACGCUGGACAGAGGUAGAAGACAGAGGUACGACUCAGUCUGAAACACUGCCCAGUUCAGCCACCUCUUACCGUGUGAUGGGUCUACGACUGGGCCGUCGGUACCGCUUCACAGUGCAGUCCACCUUUCAAAACCAGGUUGGACCAGAGACCAGCGUGGAGGAACGAACAGUGUGUGUUGGAGGACGUCUGGAUGUAGUCUUCCUUGUCCCUGCAUCUCGUGAUCGAUCUGGCCUGGUGGGACCUGUCUUGUCUCUGCUGGCCAGUUCUGGUGGCUCUUUCACCUCAAUUGGACCUAGAGACUCCCAGAUGGGGGUGGUGAUGUACAGUGAAGAUCCAAAAGUGCGCUUCCUCCUCAAUCGUCAUAGCAACAGUGAGACCCUUCUGCAGGAUAUUUUGUCCACCCCAUUCAACAACAGGCCGGGAAAUAAUAUAGGCCAGGCAAUGACAUACGCACGUCAGUUUUUGCUGAGCGCGCCGGCAGGUCGGAGGUCCGGCGUUCCCGGUGUGGUCGUCAUUAUCGCAGAUGAGAAGUCAACCGAUAAUCUUAGCCAGCCUGCUGCCGCUGUUCGAGCUGAUGGUGUGACAGUGUUGGCGGUAGGAGUUGGGCGUGCAGACCCCAGUGAGCUGCGUUUGGCAGUGACGGAUGGCAGCACUCAGAAUCUGCUCUAUGCUCAAGACGCAAAUCAGCUCUACGGUCUCCACCCCGACCUGGCAGACCUCCUCUGUGGCCUCGCACGAGGGACCGGUGUCACGACAGGGCCUUGUACUGUGGAGUGUCCAAAGGGUGCUAAAGGGGAACGUGGUGAGAAGGGGGAGAGAGGCAGAGAUGGAGUGGAUGGAAGGAAAGGCGAGCCUGGUCGUGAUGGUUUACCAGGUCGGGAAGGUCCCAGAGGACCAGAGGGGACACCAGGUCAACCAGGCAGCAGUUUGGGAGUGAAAGGAGAGAAAGGCGAGAGAGGGUUCCCCGGUUUGGACGGCAGUUCUGGUAUCCCAGGUCGAUCUGGUGCAGUUGGACUGCCAGGCAGUCAGGGUUUACCAGGUAUUAGAGGAGAUCCUGGAGAACCAGGUCUAAUUGGCCCUCAGGGAUCGAAGGGAGAGAAAGGUGAAAGGGGUGAAGCUGGAUCUGCUAUUGGAGGAGGUUUACCAGGCCGUAAGGGAGAGCCAGGAAUUCCAGGGAUCCCUGGCACUCCUGGUCGUCAAGGAGUGAAUGGGGCAAAGGGAGAGCCAGGUGCACGAGGUCUGCCUGGGCAGGACGGUCGACCAGGGUCACAAGGCACACCUGGGCUUUCUAUUAAAGGUGACAAAGGCAGCCCUGGAGAAAGGGGUCUUCCUGGUGUGGGCAGUGGAGUUGCUGCUAAAGGAGAUCCUGGUGAGCCCGGAAGUUCUGGACCACAAGGUCCCCAGGGCCCACGAGGAGUGACUGGACAAAAAGGAGCAAAAGGAGAACCUGCUGAAAGUGUUGAAGGUCAACCAGGACCCAAAGGAAACACUGGAGAUCCUGGUGACCGGGGUCCCCGCGGCCCUCCUGGUGAAAGCGGAACUAAGGGAGACCGAGGACAAGCUGGAGCACCAGGUUCAGAUGGAGCCAAGGGAGACAGAGGCCCGUCAGGUCCAGCAGGAGACAAGGGAGAUAAAGGUUCAGCAGGCCCCUCUGGACCUCAAGGACUAAGGGGUUUGCCAGGGAGCAAUGGCCUUCCUGGAGAGAAAGGUGCUGAAGGUGCAAAAGGGGAACCAGGAAGCAGUGAUCCUGGUUCAUUUGGGAGAAAAGGAGAACGGGGUGAAAGAGGCUUUCCAGGUCCUGCUGGAGCUAAAGGUGACAAAGGAGAUGCUGCACAAAAAGGGGAAAGGGGGGCUCCUGGAGCAGGAGAGCCUGGCCAACCUGGACCUAAAGGAGACCAGGGUGAUCGGGGUCCCGGUGGAUUGUCUGGAAAACCUGGCGCAAAGGGCAGUCAAGGUGAUGCAGGGGAGAGAGGAGAAGCAGGCAGCCCUGGUUCACAAGGGCCUAUGGGGCCCAGAGGGAAAGAUGGACUUAAAGGAGACAAGGGAGAGGAUGGCAUUGCAGGAGAACCUGGGUUGCCGGGUAAACCAGGGGAGAGAGGUCUAAGAGGACUGCCAGGUCAAUCAGGUCAACCUGGGACAAAAGGAGACACAGGCGAUCCAGGGGAAGAUGGACGAAAUGGUACCCCAGGCACAAUGGGACCAAGAGGCCCAAAGGGAGAUCAGGGUAUACAAGGUCCCCCAGGCCCUCCUGGAGAUGUGACAACAGGAGAGAAACAGCUGAGGGGUGAAAAAGGAGAAAAGGGAGAAGCAGGUGACCCAGGAGAGCACGGUGCUAAAGGCCUAAAGGGUGAAGCAGGAGCUCAAGGCACUGCAGGAUCAAGCGGUCCUGAGGGGCAGCGUGGGCUACCAGGAGCCAGAGGUGACCCAGGUGACAGGGGCAGUCCAGGAGAAAAGGGAGAACGAGGAGCGGCUGGUUUGGAUGGACGCCCCGGUCAGGAUGGGAAACCUGGGCCUCCUGGACCUCCUGGAUUACGGGGUGACCCGGGAAAACAAGGGGAUCCUGGAAGAGAUGGAUUGGCAGGAUUAAGAGGCCCUCAGGGUCCCCCAGGGCCGCCUGGGCCCCCAGGAGCUGAUGGCACACCUGGUAAAGCAGGGGAGGACGGCAAAUCAGGACUGCCUGGAAAGACUGGCGAAGAUGGCGUGCCAGGAGAGGAUGGUCGAAAGGGAGAUAAAGGAGAGCAGGGGCCUGCUGGAAGAGACGGUCGAGAUGGGAUAAAAGGUGAUAGGGGCAUUGCAGGACCUAGUGGCCCACAAGGUCCUGUUGGACCCCCUGGAGUCCCUGGAAAUGUUGGACCACCAGGAUCUGUGGUCUAUGUUAAAGGGGAGCCGGCAACACCGGGACCUCCAGGGCCUCAGGGCCCUCCAGGAACCCCUGGAAUACCUGGAGUUCCAGGAGCUGGUGGAGCAAGAGGUGAGCGAGGUCUGCCAGGCUUGAAAGGAGAUGUGGGUGAUCCAGGAGAGGAUGGCAAACCAGGAACUUCAGCGGAUGUGAAAAGAGCUCUGUCAGAUUUUGGCAUUGAGGUCAGAGAACUGAAACAAUUAGUUGAUGAAAAAAGCGUUCUGAUGUCAAGGAUGAGUGAACUGUCGGGAAAAAAGGGCGAAAAAGGAGAAGUGGGACCUAGAGGCCCUUCAGGAGCAGAUGGUGCACGGGGUCUUCCAGGUGAGCGAGGUAUGAAAGGAGAGCAGGGUGAGAAAGGACCUGCUGGUCCACAAGGUCCUACAGGCAGGGCAAUUGGAGAGAGGGGUCCUGAGGGUCCGCCAGGACAAGCAGGUGAACCUGGAAAGCCUGGAAUACCAGGAGUACCUGGAAGAGCCGGUGAACUUGGAGAAGCUGGCAGACCUGGGGAGAAGGGAGAUAAAGGGGAGAGAGGUGACAAAGGACCAGCUGGUCCAGCAGGAUUACCCGGCUUAGGGGGGCCUCCAGGGCCAAAGGGAGAUUCUGCUUCCGUUCAGAGUGGUUUGCCUGGUCCAAGGGGUCUGCCAGGCCCUGCAGGUGUCCGAGGAGAGCCAGGUGCAGUAGGACCUCAAGGAUCUCCUGGAGAGCGGGGCUACACAGGUGCUCGUGGGGAGAAAGGAGACAAAGGAGCAAGCGGAGAAAGAGGAAAAGAUGGCUCCCCAGGAAGUCAAGGAGAGUCAGGAAAACCAGGACAAGAUGGGAAGCCGGGCUUGCCUGGGUUCCCAGGAGUGCUGGGCAGACCGGGGAAUCCAGGAGAACCAGGAAUAAGAGGACCAACUGGUCCGAUGGGUGGAAAUGGACCCCCGGGGCCUCCUGGCGUGAAGGGUGACCAUGGAGAACCAGGCAUUGGAGUUCAAGGCCCUCCUGGACCUCAGGGCAACAGAGGUUUACCUGGACCUGCAGGCACUCCAGGAGCCAUAGGACCACAAGGACCUCAAGGGCUUCCAGGACAAGUGGGAGAGGGGGGCAAGCCUGGGGUCCCAGGAAGAGACGGUGCUCCGGGUAAAGAUGGCCUGCCAGGCUUAAAUGGUAAACAGGGUAUUGCAGGACCGGUCGGUCCCCAAGGACUUAAAGGAGAGCAAGGAGACAGCGGUCCUCCAGGAAAGUCUGUCACCGGACCCCCUGGAAUGAAGGGUGAGAUGGGUCCGCCUGGUCAGACAUUGCCAGGUACCCCUGGAGAAAGUGGCCUUCCUGGAUUACAGGGCCCAAAAGGAGACAAGGGGCCAGCAGGGAUCAAAGGAGAAAGAGGUGCUGCGGGAGAUCCUGGAGAUCCUGGGGAGAAUGGAGUGAGAGGACCCCCGGGACCCAAAGGGGUCAAAGGAGAGGCUGGAGUGGGGAUGACUGGUCCUCCAGGACAGCCGGGACCCAUUGGCUUGAAGGGUGACCCUGGCUUACCAGGUCCUCCGGGCCCUCCUGGGCCACGUGGAUUAGAUGGGACGCCAGGACUGGCAGGACAGAGAGGGGAAGCAGGUCAGCCAGGACCCCCUGGACUACCAGGAGAAAGGGGUCUUAACGGAAUUAUAGGCAAAACAGGAAAUCCAGGAACACCAGGAGAUGCUGGACCACCUGGACCCACUGGUGCUGCAGGCCUUCCAGGACUUAAGGGUGAUAAGGGUGAAAUUGGUGUUGGAGUGCCAGGUCAAAGAGGGGAGCGGGGAGACCCAGGACCUCGUGGAGAAGAAGGUCGGGCUGGAGCAGAUGGAGAGAGAGGCACUACUGGUCCUCCUGGAAGCAAAGGGAACAGAGGAGAUAAGGGUGAGCAAGGUCCUUCGGGAAUUAAAGGAGAAAAGGGAGAAACGCAGCUGGUGGGAGGGCCUCCAGGAGAGAAAGGAGUGAAAGGAGAAACCGGUGAGCGAGGACCUAAAGGCGGACAAGGUGAAAAGGGUGCAAAGGGACAGGAAGGACCACCAGGAGAACAGGGUCUAAGAGGAGAGCAGGGAGAAAGAGGUUCAACCGGCUUCCAAGGAGCACGCGGCCCUGGUGGCCAGAAGGGGGAAGCAGGGCAGCCAGGUGUCCCAGGAGAAGCAGGAACACCUGGUAAAGAUGGCCUGCCUGGCAUGAGAGGAGAGAAGGGAGAAGUUGGGCUCAUAGGAUUGCGAGGCCUCAAGGGGGAACGAGGCUCCAAGGGGGUUUGUGGACCAAGCGGACAAAAGGGAGACAAGGGGGAUUCUGGGAUUAAUGGAAGACCGGGAUUGCCUGGGAGGAAAGGAGAGCAGGGUGAAGUCGGGCUUCAAGGACCCAUUGGAAGUCCAGGGAAGGAGGGACUCAUUGGAGCCAAGGGGGACAGAGGUUUUGAUGGCGUUACAGGGCCAAAGGGAGCACAAGGAGAGAAGGGUGAACGGGGCCCACCUGGCAUCCCUGGCUCUCCUGGUCCGAGAGGUGUGGAUGGACCACCUGGUCUAACAGGCCCUCAAGGACCUGCUGGAGGUAAAGGUCCUGAAGGCCUGCAAGGACAAAAGGGAGAAAGAGGUCCUCCGGGCCCUGGUAUGGUCGGGCCACGUGGCACUCCAGGAAUCCCAGGAGAAAGAGGAGAACAGGGUGAAAUAGGCCCUGAAGGAUCAAAAGGAGACAGAGGAGAAGCAGGAAUGACGGAGGAUGAGAUUCGGACUUAUGUUCGAUCUGAGAUGAACCAGCACUGUGCUUGUGGAGGUGUUCAGGAACUUCAGAUACCUGUGCCAGUGCAGACUUACCGUAGUCGCUCCUCCACGUCCCCUGAGCACUCGCUAACCCGAGGGGACGAGGAGGGUCAAAAGCUACGUGUUGUGAUGAACACAAAUGAUCCAGACUACGAGCACAUUUACUCUAUAGAGACCUAUGAUGAUGACGCUCCAAUGGUGGAGAUUGCUGACUACGACAGCACUGUCAAUAAAAGCCAGGCAGGUCGAACAAACUCUGUCGAUUCAUUAAAAGCCGAAAGGACAAAAAGAGAGGUGAAAGUUGAAGAUCCGUGCAUCUUGCCUAUGGAAGAGGGUGAUUGUUCCCGCUAUACCCUGCGCUGGUACUUUAACUCUCAGGUGGACGCCUGUAGACCUUUUAUCUACAGCGGCUGUGGAGGAAACGCUAACCGCUAUUUACAGAAGGAAGAGUGUGAGAAACUCUGUCUACAGCAGUAAGAAGAAUCGUGAAGGCAAGAGGAUUUCCAACUCAUUAAUGAUAUGAAACCCCUAAACCUCAGUGUUGACCAAUGCCAUCAUGCACAGGAGAUUGAUGGCAACACUUUUUCCUUGACGGGAUGAGCAAAUUUUAAUUAUUGAUCCCAUUUUAUUUUAUUUAUUUGUUUGUCUGUUGAGCUGACAAACAUCUGUCAAUCUUGCCGCCAGACUAAAUCUGCCUACAUUUGCAUCAAAGACAAAAAGUCAAACAGGAAUUUUCCUCAUGAACAUCUUGUACAUUAGUCCAGCCAGUAACAGCACAGCAUUAUCUUUCAUUUCUCACUUAAUCCUGGAUGUCGCAUAUUUACACCCACUGACAUUUUCUCAGGUGCUAAAAACAGACACGAGAACACACAAUGUAAUAUUCCAGUUCCUUAAGACCUGUUCUUAGAAUAAGCCUACGCUGUACAGAAUUGUACUGUAAAUGUAGAUCUGUAUUUUUAUCAGCCUUAAAAUGAGAAUGAAUGUUCUUCUAUUAUUAAAUGUUGCAUGUUGUGUACAGUACAUGGACAAACGGUGCUAUUUUUUAAAGAUAUUUUUAUAUUGUUGAUUGGAUUUGUAUUGCUUUUUGGUUAAAUUCCGUGUUUGUUCCAUUACAGUUUACAUUUUCUUUGCACAAGAUGCAGUUUUGAUAGCACAUGUAGUCAUUUUCCAUAUGUUGUAAUGUGAUCGGUCUCUUUUUCACAUGUUCAUUAUUUACUUAGGAAUAAACUUCGGAAUUUAAAGGGAAAAUAAACAUGAAAACAAUACAAAA